AUGGCACGCGCCGAUAACACUGGUUCUAGUCGAAGUAUUCGAAGCGCAAAGCAAAAGGCAAUGGAAAACGCAGUCUGGAUGACUACAAAAUCACAGCGGCAGCGUCCCACUGGAGGGAAGCUCACUCAAGCUCCUGUGCAAUGCAAAACCCAUGUGUCUACCAGUGCCACCAAGCGUCAUGAUGGCCACAGCAGUGUUGCUAGUCCUCAUGUCCCAGAGAUCCCUGGGCCUGUGGCUAGAAAGCGUCCAGCUCGUGACGCAACAGGGUCACUUACCAAGAAGCGCCGAGUUGCUAAACCGCAUGCAGUGUCCGACGAUGAACUACUCAGCGAUGAGAUUUCCGAAUUCCAACCUGGUCAUGAUGACUCGGAGCAGGAAAAUGACUCGGAGCAGGAAAAUAACUUGGACAUGGAGGAUAUUGACGACGAGUUGGAGGAGCCCAUUGACUCUGUCGUAAAGUCCUUAUCAACUGAAAAACCAAUUUUUGUUUCGAUGUCGAAAGCUGAACAGGCUGACUUUCCUUUGACGCAAGCAACCUGGCCUCGCACAACUGCCUCAAAGAAGUCGAGGCAGAUAGCUGAGCUGUUCCCCUUCGCGUCGACCCAACCAAGGACUCGUGCAGUGGCCCCUCAGAAGGCAAAAAUUCAGUCCACACGCGAUCGCAAACGAGCAGACGAGAUGCCUGUUUGGGCAGAUGGUAUUGCCGAGUCGGACAAGGAACUCGAAGAAAUUAUGGUGCCGGAUGAGUCCAACGAUUUAGAGGGAUCUCAAGAGGUCGACUUAGAUUAUCAUGAUUCUGGCCUUACACGUCAUGGUCGCCCUGGAAGUGCCAGACUCGUACGGACGAAUACCGGUAAGCUGAAGUUGAUGGACCAAGAUAUCGACACACGCCGUGUCGUCCAAAGAGCGAUAUUGGAGGCCAAAGUCCACGUUACAUUUGUCAACGGGUAUCCAGAACUCACCGAGAAGAGUCUGUUCACGUGGAAUGCGCUCUUAACAGCAGCUCGUGCCUGUGGUGUCCCAAUAAUCCAGGAUCGCCUCAAGUCCAACGACUCGUAUGUGACAGCUCUUGCUACGCUGGUGGAAGCCAGAGUCCCACUUUUCCGCUCAGAAUUGAAAGACGAUGCUUGCGCACAGGUGACAGCAUAUUACCGUCUCGGGCCUGAUUGUGUCGACACCACAAAAGCUUUGCUCGUCAAUCACGUUUAUCAUUAUGAGCAGCAUUUCAAUGAGAAAAAUAUUCCAAUUGCACAGUCAAAAAAACCAUACUUCGCUGAGAUCUUGCCAUAUCUGAUGAGAGGGCACUACUUCAACGGGCCAAAGUCAGUUGGCAUGAAAUUUUCGGACCGUUUUGAGGAGAUUGUGAGCAACAAGGCCCAACGGCCCGAGGUGACGAUUCCAAUGGUGGCCUUAACCAGUACUUCAGUAUAUGCUGCGCUUCUGUGGAAGGCCAAUGGAUCUCCAUCCAAGUUCAAUUUUACAGGCAAUUUAUUCAGCGAGGUCUACUUUUUUCAUGUGAAACUUCUCGAGAAAAUGAAGGGGGCCGCACCAGGCAAGUUUCAUAAAAUGAUGGCCAAUAUUUUUGAUGCUAUCCAACAACUCUCCGCCAAUGGCAAUGCUGCUCUCGUCGGGUCACACGACUCCGCAAUGGCAUUCCUCGAUCUUGAUGGUAUGGAUGACGAAGAGUAG